AUGAUCUGUCAAACAGUUCGAUCGAUUUACUGGUCAGGGACAGACGAACCCAGUGGUUGUACUGGCUUUGAUUCAGUUGUAUGGAUCAUCAAACAAUAUGGAUUAUCUGUUGGGAUGAAUGAAGCAACCAUCUGUGCUGCAUUUUUCUGUAAUAUUUUUAAUGGCACAAAACACAUUACAGUAAUAAACCUUUCAGCGGGUGGAGCAAUCACAACAUUGGGGCCACCAGAUCCAUCGGAUGUUUUUGACUUUCCUCAAUUAACUGGAUUGAGUAUUACUGCAUCUACUAAUCAAUUCAUUGGUGACGCCAACCAAAGCAUCCUUACAAAACUUCAAAAUAUACCACUUUUGGCUACAUUAUCGUUAACAAAUGAUGGCUCAUUGACAACAGUUCCAGUUGGAUUUCCUUCUACUUUUGGACUGCCUUUAUUGAAACAAAUUAGAUUUGUUCAAAGCCCACUCGCCUCAAUUCCAGGCUUUUUCAAUCAAUCGACUAUACAGACACUCACUUUGGAGAGGUUGUCAUAUCUCGUUGAUUUUGGAAUUGACUCUACCGUCACGCUUCCAAAUCUUGUAAAUUUAAAUUUGGGAGUGGAAACUCCCUCUGUUGUUAAUACCAUUGAUCUGGUGAAACCAUCCUUUCCAAAACUUAAACAAGUAAUAAUCACUUUAUCAAAUACUAAUUUAAAUGUUAACCUUGAUACAGAACCUAAUGCAAUCGUUCGAUGCAUAUCAACAAUCAACUCCACCUUUAAUAUUAAUGUAAUCAACACUCAAAAUAUCGUUGAAUUUUUAAUUGGUGGUGCACAGUCUACAGUUGUACCUUCUCCAACAACUUGGCCAAAUUUAAAAAUAUGGGAUGUAGUGAAUUCACCAUUAACAAACACAUACCCUUUUUCGGUAUACCCACCACAAGUAAGGUCAUUUGGAAUGACUUUAUCAGAUCUCACCGCCAUUCCUACAACUCCUCUCUCUCCUUCUCCUGGUCUCACUAAAUUAUCAUUUUUCCAGUCAAAGAUAACAGGUGAUAUACAAUGGCAAUAUUUUACCAAUCAACCCAACGGUUUUGAAUUAGACUUAUCUUAUAAUACUGGAAUAACUGGAGUAGUACCAGACUCUAUGUGUCCCUAUAAGCUUAGAAUUUCUCAAACAGCUAUCUCUAAUCUUCCAAGUUGUUAUUUUUGUUAUUAUCAAAGCAAUUCUAUAAUGAUCAUUUCAGAUGUUCCAGUUCCUCAAAACUAUGUUUGUGAUAUUACAUUUGAAAGUACGGAUUUAAUUUUCUUAUUUGGAACUGCUAUGCUUAAUGGUUCGAAUAUUGGGUAUGGAAAUUUAUACACAAUUGGAAGUCGUCAAAUUAAUUUAGUACCAACAAUUCCAAACAAACAAUUAAAGGUUAUUGAUAGAGGAUACCAAAAAUACCCGGGUCCAAAAGGGAUCAUGUCGAUUCAACUCGAUAAUAAGUACCCGGCCUACACCUAUGACAUGACUUCACUUGAAGUUGGGUUCAAUAUUACCGCGGUAUCUAUCGUAACAAUCCCCCAGGCUGUAAAUGGAUCCGAGCCAGUAUUGGCAGUGGUCGACACUAAUUUCCUCUAUAUCAACAUCACCAAUCCACCUGACGGUCUCAUCACCUUUACCAUAUCAAAUAGUUACUUUACUGCUCCACCAAUUACCUAUAAUUAUACUCAAAGAUUUCCAAUUAUCAAUUCUUUUACAUUUCUCAGUGGUGGAUUGGCACAGGUUGGCUCAGUGUAUCUUUUUAAUGGUAUAUUUGAAGCUGGUGUUGCCAAUGCAUCAAGUAUUUACUUCAAUGGUGAUGCAACCAUUUGCAACAUUACAAGUGUCGUUGCAAACACUAUUCGUUGUACUCAAUUGAAAAAUAUUGUUGGUGGUGCGACAACGAUUACAUUAUCUGAUAAUGGGUUCAUCUCUCGUUCGCCAUUCCAAACAGUCCUAAAAACUCCAUACUCGCAAUGUACACAGUCUACUUGCCAGAUUCGUGGUACCUGUGAUGUUAGUGGCGAGUGUGUUGGAUGCAAGACAGGAUACUAUGGUGUAAAUUGUGCAAAGGGUUAUCCAAAACUAUCGUCCGGUAGUUAUGUAGAUGAUACCACAACAAAGUCAAGAAUCAUUAGUUUGUUUGGUGAUUUUAGUCCCGAACCAACAAAUGUUACUAUUACAGUUAAUGGAACUUGGACAUGUACACCAUUGGUUACUUUACCAACUAUGGUUAAUUGUACCAUUCAACCAAUUCCAACAACAACUGGGUUAGUGUCGGUUGAUAUUAAUGUCAAUGGUUCAACAAAUAAUGCAAAGGAUUUUAUUUUAUUCCGUCCCAUUCCAACCACUCCAUCCUCUUCUGAUUCAUCAGAGACACCAACCAAUCAAUGUCCAAAUAAUUGCUACGGUCAUGGUGAAUGUAUAGAUUCAAAGUGUAAAUGUUUUGAAGGAUACCAAGUAGAGGAUAACUGUUUAACAAAGAUAAUCAAUAAUAAUACAAUCACACCCAAUACAACAGCACCAACAACAUCAUUUGAUAUUGAUGGAGUCGAUUUCCAAUUUGAAAUUGUUGCCAUUCAAGAAAUAGAUGUUGACAGUAAUAUUGUUCAAGAAUUAUUGACAGAUAAAUGGAAUGCAACCAUUUACAAUGACACUCAAACAACUACAGUCAACUAUCAACUAAAUACUACAUCAACAACAUUAGCAAUGGUCAGUGCAACAAUAUCAUUCUCAUCACAACCAAGAGAUAUUCCAUUUGGAUUAGAGACAUUACAUAUCAAUGCCAACAGUAUCAAAGUAUCGGUGAAUAUCAGUGAUUGGCAAUACCAAUCAUUCUUGACAACACUACGAGUAAUAUUCAAAACCACACUAUCAAAAGAUCAAUCAUUUGAAUUUGAUUGUCAACAACAACAAAUCGACAGUCUUCAAUUCGAUCAACUAUCAUCAUCGAUUCAAUAUCUCAGAGUUGUCAAAGAUAAUAUUCAAUUCACUGGUCGAUUCAUUGAUUAUGUAUUGUCAGAUGGCAGACCAUCAUUUUCAAAGACAUAUUUAAUCAAUCAAACAGACAACCAAGACAAUGAUCAGAUGACAACAAUAUUAAUUGGAAUCAGUACACCACAAUGUCAAUCAUGUAUUUUAGAUCCAGAUUUCACACCAUUAUUAAUCGACAAGAGUGAAGAUUCUGGUUGUGAAAAGAAAUCAAAUGCUUGGAGAAUAGCUGUUGGUGUAUCUGUUGGUGGUGCUGCUCUUAUCGCCGCAUCUGUUAUUGCCAUAAAGUAUAGACACAAUCUUACCAAAACUAAAAAAGCAAACAAGAAGAUGUCACAAAAAUUAAAAGCUAUCAAUCAAUAA